CUAAAAAAAAACAUCGUCUGAAUUUGAAGUAUAGUCUGUUUUGUUUCUGUACGCUUCUUUUUCUUUCUUGCCCUUUACUUCAAAAUUGAUGUCUACUAAAACACGCCGUAUUCAAAAGCCCUUUUUAUCUACUAUAAAUAAAAUACUCUCUAUUCGAAACAAAAUAAGUCUUGCGCUGAAAUUUGAUGACAGUCGUUCUUUGGUAAGAAUAUUGCCUUUGAGCAAACAACCACAACCUGUGACAAAUUCUCUUGCUGUAGCACACACUGCUAUCCCUCACUGUAAAUAUACCAUUGACUUGAGAGUAUUAAAGGGGAAAGAAUUACAGCGGGCUGUUCAGAAAUUAGUUACAACUCUAUUUCCAGAGCUUGUAACAACCCAAACUUUUAACCUAACUCGAGUCAGUGGAGCAAUGACAAACGCUGUCUAUUUUGUGGAUGCUGGUUCUCAUCGUAUGUUAUUGCGCAUCUAUGGUAUUGGUUGUGAACAAAUUUUGGAUCGAGAUAAAGAACUAAGUUGGCUCUCUCGUCUUUCACAACUCAGUAUUGGCCCUAGACUUUUGGGCACCUUUGGUAACGGUCGAUUUGAGGAAUAUCUCGAAUCAACAACAUUAACCCGAGACGAUAUUCGUGAUCCUUAUACCUCAGCACAGAUCGCCUCUAGACUUUACCAACUACAUUCUAUUGUGGACACGUUUCCUCCUUCAGAUAAUGAAACCCUAGAAGUCUGGCAACACAUUGACAAAUGGUAUAAUUCCCUUGAAAGUGAAAUAUUCCCUAUUCUUAACAUGGAUCCAGGUUGGGCCAAAGAGAUUGAGCAAAAGCUUGAUUUGGCUGAACUGUACAAGGAUAUUGAAUCAUGCAAGCGUCUACUGAAUCAACUAUCUACUCCUACUGUAUUUGCACACAAUGACACACAGUAUGGAAAUAUUCUGAGAACAAGCGGAACCAAUGAGCUUGUUGUCAUUGAUUUCGAAUAUGCAGGCUAUAAUCCCCGAGGUUAUGACAUUGCAAACCAUUUUUGUGAAUGGAUGUACAAUUAUCAUGGCAAUGAGCCUGCAAGGAUGCAUCUUGAGGAUUAUCCAACAGUAGAAGAGCAAAUGCAAUUCUUGACCGCCUAUGAUCAACAGCAUGCUGUCGAGUUGCUCGAGGAAGUUGAGCUGUGGAAGAUGGCUUGCCAUCUCUUUUGGGGUCUUUGGGGUCUUGUUCAGGCUAGUCAAAGUGAAAUUGAAUUUGAUUAUUUUGGUUAUGCAAUGCAAAGAUUUAACAUGUUCAGACAAGAGUUGGCUAAAAAGACAUUGUAGAAUUACCUUCUAUUGAAAUGAGAUAUAGACUAUUUAUAUACAUAGACUAUACG